CCUACCAACCAGCUGGCUUGUUCACGUGGCAGAAUCAACUCUCUCGGCAACGGUUGUUAUUCCAGCCUUCCAACUACUGAUCCUAUCUGCAGACGAUCGCUUACAAGUCACGUGGACCAUGCGAAUAAUGAUAAUUUUACCUUGUGAUGCAUUUGACAGCUUAAUCAAGGGACUAUUUUAAUAUCGCAUAAUAUAUGUGAAAAACAUGGUUCAAGUAGUAAACUUGACAGGUUCAGACAGGGUGGACAUUUCCAAUUUUGAACUGCUCAAAGUAUUAGGAAAAGGAGCUUAUGGAAAGGUUUUCCUAGUCAGAAAAGUAGGAGGUCAAGAUCAUGGAAAGCUAUAUGCCAUGAAAGUGUUGAAGAAAGCAGCCAUAGUACAAAAACAAAAGACACUUGAGCAUACGAAAACAGAACGUCAGGUUUUGGAGUCCAUUCGUCAGUCUCCAUUUCUUGUUACUCUGCACUAUGCUUUUCAGACUGAUGCAAAACUUCACCUGAUACUUGAUUAUGUAAGUGGGGGUGAUUUGUUCACACACUUGUAUCAAAGGCAGCGUUUUACAGAAAAGGAAGUCAGGUUUUACAUCGGGGAGAUUAUUUUAGCUUUAGAACACCUUCAUCGACUUGGCAUUAUCUAUCGAGAUAUAAAGCUUGAAAACAUUCUUCUAGAUGCUCAAGGACAUGUAGUACUAACUGAUUUUGGUCUUAGUAAAGAAUUUCUGCCUCAUGAAACAAUUCAUAGAACAUAUUCUUAUUGUGGAACAAUAGAAUAUAUGGCUCCAGAGGUUGUGAGAGGUGGAAGAUAUGGGCAUGAUUUUAGUGUUGAUUGGUGGAGUGUUGGUGUGCUAUUUUAUGAACUUCUGACAGGAAAUUCCCCAUUCACCCCUCAAGGAGACCAAAAUUCUCAGUUGGAAAUAUCUAAAAGAAUACUUUACUCACAACCACCGCAACCAGAACAAUGUUCCUCAGCUGUAAAAGAUUUUAUUCACCGUGUUUUGAUGAAAAAUCCAAGGAAACGACUUGGAGGAGGACCAGAUGAUGCUCUGGAACUCAAAAGACACAGGUUUUUCAGAGAUUUAAACUGGGAUGAACUCUCAAAAAAACAAGUACCUGCUCCUUUUGUUCCCAGAAUAUGUGGAGAACUUGAUGUAAGUAAUUUUGCUGAAGAAUUUACAUCAAUGGUUGCUGCAGAUUCACCAGCCAUAAUUCCCCCAAAUGAGGAAAAAAUAUUCAAGGGUUACUCCUAUGUUGCUCCAUCUGUGAUGUUCACUGAGAAUGUGAUUAGUGAUGACCUACUUUGUAGAUCAAUUGAGAACAAACCUAGUGUAUCACAACUUUUAGCUGCAAAGUUCAAGAACUCGCCAUUCUACCAAAAGUAUGAAGUAGUUAUUAAGGAAGGUCUGUUUAUCUUUUUUCUUUGCAGGAAAUGUAUUCAUAAACAGACAGGGAAUCAUUAUGCUGUGAAGAUUAUCAGUAGAAAGGUUGACAGUGAUAAAGAAGUUAGUCUACUGCAGUAUUGUCAAGGCCAUCCAAACAUAGUCAAUUUCCAUGAAGUAUACCAUGAUGAAGUUCACACUUUUGUUGUACUUGAGCUUUUGAAAGGAGGUGAAUUGUUGGCAAGGAUUCGACAGAAAGCAAGGUUUACAGAAAAAGAAGCAGGUCACAUAUUCCGAAAACUAGUCUCUGCUGUUCAUUUCAUGCAUUCUCGAGGAGUGGUUCAUAGGGAUCUGAAGCCAGAGAAUCUCCUUUUUACAAAUCAAAGUGAUGAAGCAGAGAUUAAGAUAGUGGACUUUGGAUUUGCUCGUCUAAAACCAAUGACAUGUGAUCAACCAAUGCAGUCACCCUGUUUCACCUUAAACUAUGCUGCCCCUGAAGUUUUAAAACAUGCAGUAGUGGCCUCUGCUGGAAGUGGAGAUGGGUAUGAUGAAUCUUGUGACUUGUGGAGCCUUGGAGUGAUUUUGUACACAAUGCUUUCGGGCAAAGCACCAUUCCAGUCUUAUAGUCGAGAAGCUAGUUCAGCAGUAAUCAUGCAACGAAUUCGAGAAGGAGAAUUUUCCUUUUCUUACUCUGCUUGGAAUAUGGUUUCUCAGCAGGCAAAGGAUGUAAUAAAAGGACUUCUUACAGUGAACCCUAAAAAACGCUUUACCAUGAAGGAUCUUCUGGCACAUUCAUGGGUAUUUGACCAGAGUCAUUGCAAUGUGUUUGAAACCCCAUUAAUGACACCUAGCAUUCUCAGCUCAUUGCCUUCUCCACGUGUUGCAGACACUGCACUUAGAGCAACAUUUGAUGCUUUCCAUAUGGCCACUCGUAAAGGAUUCUGUCUUCUAGAUGUGUCUGCAGCUCCUCUUGCUCAGAGAAGAAAGCGAAAGAAAAGUUCUACAGAUGCUCGAAGCAGCUCCAUGAGUAGUGACUCCAGUCAGGCCUCCUUUACAAGUGGUCCUCAAACUAGUACUUCCUCCCAAGUGUCUCCUCCUACCAAAACAACAGAAACUAUCAAGACUUACAGGUUUGUUCCUCAUAGAGAAAACUCUCUUAAUAGUGUUUUUACUUAUCCAGACCCCAAGGUAACAACAAACCUCUCUGGGUCUUCUUUUAAAGCAGACUCACCUACAGGUCCUAGCCAGGAACACAUUCUAACUAAAAGGGCUAAUAAAGAUGAAUUUACUUUGAAGGUUGUAGGUCAUCAAGGACCCAUUACCAGGUCUAAAGCAAAAUCUCAAAAGCAACAAAGUGAAGAUGACUGUUUUGUUCUUAAAGAAAGAAAAGCUUCUUCAACAACUGUAAGCAAGAGGCAAGAAAAACGAGCCCGUCUUGAAACUAUUGUUUUAGAUUAAUGUAGCUUGUAUAACAGUUUACUAUAUAUAUACAUAUAAAGCAUAUUAUCAUGGUACACUGAUUUUUUUUUUUUUAAUGUCAGAGAAGUUAUACUGUUUGCCUCAUACACCAUGUGCCUUUUUACUUGUUUAAAAAGCAUAUUGUCAAUGCUUAAGGGUCCAUUGUUUUGAUCAAAGUUGCCAUAAGUCCAAAGAGCAGUUUGUAAAUCAUUCAGAAUGUUGGUAAGGAAACCUUUCAAAUGAAAAUAAUAUAUUAAUUAUUUCAAAUAUCAAUUUUAUUAGUAACAGAAUUAAAUUUGCCUCCUGCUUCACUUCAAUAUUAUAUAUAUCACAUUAUAUAACAUACUUAACUCCGUAUUUGUGAAAUGCAUAUACUGCUGUUUCAUGGUCCAUAGUUUGCUGGAAUAUGUUUUUAUGGAUUACUGACAUAUUUCAUUUGUGGUAUUUAUCAAAAAUUACAGCUUAUAUUUUGGUUUAGCUCUUAUCAACACACAUUAAAGUGUUAAAAUAUACAGAUUCUUUUUGGAAUUCGUGGAUAUUUCAUCUUAAGUUACAUCAUCAAUUACCACUUUCCAUCUCUGUUUCAAACAUUUAAUGAAGUAUCCAAACAAUAUUUCAGUUGCACAAGUGUCUCCAGACAGGAGUUUCAAAUGCAGUUAAUAAACUUAAAAUAAGACCCAAAAACUCGAGCGCUUUCGAAUAGUUGACUAUUCUUCUUCAAAAAGAAGAAUAUUCAACUAUUCGAAAAUGCUCGAGUUUUGGGUCUUAUAUUAAGUUUAUUACACCUUAUAUGUGAUCCUUUGUGUUAACUCUAUCAUCAAGAAAUGCAGUUAAUAUAUAUAUGUAUAUAUAAAUAGUGUUAUGUGUAACCUUACUGUUAAUUAGAUAUGGCUGAAGACUAUUAUCAGUGUAAAACAAAGGUGUAUUAUUCAAUUAUCAUUAUCACAGGUAUUCAGCAUGUGAAUAAUCAUCUAUUGGUGACAUAUGCAUCCAGUGUUGAACCUAAAUUAAUCAUGAUCAGUCCUAAAGCUCAAAGUAGUUUGCCCAAAAUUAGUUUAAUUGCUGCACUUGAAACUCAGGUAUUUUAUGAUAAAUUUAAACAUGUAACAACAAGAAGAAGUGUAUUUUAUUGAGUAUAUAAAGCAUUAAAACUAUUAGGAAACUCAUAAACAAAAAUAGAAA